CUGGAGGUCCUGGGCUGGUGUCUGCAUGGGGUGAUUUUUAAGCCUGGCAAGAGCUCAUUCACCAGCUCGUAGUACUCCCCAUUUGGGGCUGCCCUGAAGUACAAAACACAGCUUUUCCUGGUGUGCAGGAGAGCCCCAUUGUGUAUUGUUGCCACCAACAGGCACACAGCCCAGUCUGUGCAGUGUUGCUCUCAGAAAAGCAGAGCAGGACUCUCCAGGCUGGGGGAAUUGGCUAAGCACAGUGAUCGUGGCUUGGGAUACACAGAGCAGAGGGAUCACCACCUUGAACAGAAGAAUUCUGUGUUUCCCUCCUGUGAAACUUCUGUGUCCUUCUUGGGUGCUGUUUCCUGGUAGACUCCUUAUUUCUGGUUGAAAGGGUAGGAAAAUUGCCAACUCAUUCUUCUGAUGGGAGAAGGGCUGAGAUAAGGAUGGAAAGGUCACUCGACAAUCACCACCAUGGGCAAAAUAUACUCAGCUUGGGGAAGAUUAAUUGAGUUUAUUGCUAUCUGAGAAUAGCACAGUGAGAACUUAAAGCACAAAGUCCAGGCAACUUGCCACAUAACACCAGUCACAAUGCUGGGAGCAGCUGGGUCAGCGCUGAUGGGGCUUGGAACUGGGGCUCUGGCCCAACAGACACAGCAGACGGAACGGAGCUGGAUGGAACGGAGACGCCCCAGCUGCCCCCAAGAGGCCUGGCCAGAGAAGCUUAUGGUAUCGCAGGUCUCCAGGCUCCAGUGUGGUUCUGAUGAGGUGUGUGAGGUGCAGGUGUCCUUUGGCCCAGGUGAGCGUCCUUCUGCCUCGGACAUGUCACCACAGGAGGAGGAUCCCCUGAGCUGUAUCCGUGCCUGCUGCACACGCAGACCCCAGACAGAGUCACAGAAGCUGAGCUUUCUGACCUCCGUCCGUGCUGUCUGCGAAGCAGAGGACUGCGGUGCCCAUUACCGGCUGUGCGUCUGCCCUCUGGAGGUGGCGCAGUGCAUUGAGGCGCUGCUGCAGGAGGAGCCCGCCGAGCGCCUGGACACGGAGCUGCGGCAGCUGGCCAUGAGCGCCGUCGCCGCCAUGAGGGUGCCGAGCGGAGCAUCGCGCCUUUGCCCUCUCUCCCCUUACAGCAGCGCGUGGCCGCUUCCGGAGGAGCGGAAGAGCGGCCUCCUGCGUGCCUGCCUCAGCAGCGUCCUGCGCCUCCCUCGCCACGAGGACGCGAAGGACCUGGGCGCUGCGCUCUACACGGAGACCAUGGAAGCCCUGCACCGCCUGCUGCAGGGGCUGGUGGGCAGCGCAGGCACCUCUGUCCUCAUGGAGCUGCAGAACAUCUUGGAGCUCCUGCUGCCCUUCACCACGUGCCAGCUGGCGGCCGUGGAGGAGAGGGCCGUGGCGUGCAUUGGCAGGCUGCUCGCCUUCAGCAACACCUGCUCCUUGCCCAAGGUGUGCUCCUGCUUCAUGGGAGCUGUGGUGCUCCGGCAUCACUGCACAGAGAACCAACGCUUCCCUGUGCUGGGGAAGCUGGCCGGGCAGCUGAUCCUGUGCUGCACCUCCACUGAUGAGGGGACCAGAGAUGAGGCAAUGAAGGCUGUCCGUCAACUUUUCAUUUUCAUCGCCUCCCAAAGAAUGUGGCUGUGGAAGAAGGAUCCCAAGAAGCCACAGCUCCGGGAACGCUGGCAAACACUGUUCUACGAACAGGUUUCCCAAGAGAACAAUGCCAGCAAAAUCUUCAGGAUAUUCCUGAAAUACCUUCAGUACCCUGAAAGGGUGAGCAUCUUCCUCACAGCCAUUGAGAGCAUGACAGCGCCGAGCCUGCACAGCACCGAGCUGGCUGCCCACAUGGUGGAUGUGCUCGCAGCAGAGGCUCGCUUCCCUCCAGGGCAGGUGCGAAAGAUUGUGAAGACGAUCUACGGCAGCCUGCCUUCCAUCGAAGCUGAGCCGGCUCUCGAAAGCCUGGGCAGAGCCCUGCUCGUGCUGGCCGGCAAACACCCGAGGGAGAUGGUUAGCAGCCUGCUGGGCUGCUCCCCCACCCGCACCAGUGUCACCGUCACCAUGUGGAGGGAAAUGCUCUCGGAGCCCUCAGCUGUGGAGAAGGUGCUGCAGGAGCUGCUCCAAGUGCUCACAAACCAUUCUCUGCGACACAUGUCUGCAUCCACUGGGGACAGGCCGCGUGUCCUCGCCCUGGCCCAGGCAGCGAGGACCAUCCCUGAGAUACUCCAGCUGCCUCUUGUCAUGAAGGAGGCCGAGGCUAUUUUCCCCCAGCUCUUCCUGGCCCUCCUCCUGCAAGUGUCCUUCACCACGGAGCUGACACUGCAGGAGGUGGAAAUCUUCUGGGAGGAGCACCGGCAGCACCAGCUCACUCCCAUCAGGUCCGCGGUGCAGGCCUUGAAGGUGCUGCUCUGCAGCGUGGGCCUCCAGAGGCAGAUGGAGGCCAUCCAGGAGCAGGGGGGCUGGGACGCGCUUCUCAGCACUGUCACCCACCUCCAGGGCGUGCAGGUGGUGGCCAGGGUGAUGAGGGAACUGCCUGGUGCUCUGCGUGACCCCAUCUUCCAUCAGCUGGUUGAGCUGCUUAGCACCAAGCUGUGCUCCUGGGAGAUGGUGGCCAUGGUCUUCCUCGUUGAGAUGCUGGAGGGCGUGGACCCCAGUGAAGAGCUGCACCGCGUCGUGAGCCUCUUCAACACCUGUCUGCAGAGCCAGAGCGUGGGCACGCAGCAGCUGGUGCUCAGGAGCAUCCUGGAGCUCAGCAAGAGGCCGGACGCGGCGAGGAAAAUGCUCGGCCUGCUGCCGUGCAUCAUGGAGCAGCUGCAGGAUGCAGACAGCGGCGCCCGCGCCGUGGCCCUGCCAGUGCUCAGCACCCUGCUGCGGCUCCUGGAGAGGGGGAAGCUCAGCCUCGUGGCUCUGGAGCUGGCCGCCAAUCUCCCAGCGCUUUUUGAGGACGAGUCCGGCACGGUGCGCCAGCUCUCCAUGCACCUCUUCCUCGACACGCUGAGCUUUGUGGAGGGCAGAGAGAAGAGGAAGAUGCGGAAGGAGGUGUACAGGAGCCUGGUCCCGCUGUAUCUGCACCUGCACGACGAGGAAGAGAGCGUGGCCAAGGCCUCCCAGAAAGCCUUCCUUGGUGCCACGCGGUUCCUGCGCUGGAGGCGGCUGCAGCGCCUGGCAGAGGUGGCGCAGUUCUGGCAGAUCGGCGAGUGCCUGCUGGUGGAGAGGAGGAAGAGCGCAGCACAGGACUACCUGGGCCAGAGCCUGCUCUACCUACAGAGCCCGCAGGAGCCCCUGCGGCGGGAGGCCGUGAGGUUCAUCGGUGAGCCACGAGACUGAGCUUCCCCUGUGCCCGGCCCUCCAUGCUGCACACAGGGAGCAGCCGGGGUCGCUGAAUAUAUGACCGCAGAGCUCGUUGGGAGGCACGAGAGCACGACGGUGCGGACCAGGUGGUGGCGGUUCGGGCGGCGCUGACCCCGCGGGAC